AAAGAAAUGUCAAAAACAAAAUGGCCACCAGUUUGUCAUGCUUGUUACAUUGUUGCUUGCGUUGAUUUUGGUUGGAUUGGAUAAAAAAUAUUAGUCCAAUUUCCAUUGAUUUUAAGAAGUGAGUUUUAGUUAAGCUUAGUCGAUAUAAUACCUCAACAUUGGUUAAAAAUAAUUUGUAUUAAAAUGGAGAAUGAUAGAGAAAACAAACGUAGAAGGGACAAAAACAGAAACGGAGAUGAUGAUUAUCGCAAGGAAAGAAUUUCAAAAAGAGCUCGGACGAGAUCACGUUCGCCACCUCCAAGCAGGGAAAAGGAUUCUUCACGAAAACGUAGGCGAUCCCGGUCCGAAUCUCAGGAACGCCCGGUCAAGCAAGAAAAGUCUAGUAAUGAAUCACAAGGGAACCAAAAGCAAGCUGAUGCUCCUGUUCGGAAGGCGAAGGAAACUGACAUGCUUAACACUAGGACUGGUGGUGCAUAUAUACCUCCAGCGCGUCUGCGAAUGAUGCAAGCCCAGAUUACGGACAAAUCAUCAGUUGCUUACCAAAGACUUGCCUGGGAAGCUCUCAAGAAGUCCAUACACGGUCAUAUUAACAAGAUCAACGUUGGAAAUAUAGGCAUCAUAAUCAAAGAGUUAUUGAAAGAAAAUAUUGUCCGUGGCAGAGGUUUGCUUUGCCGAUCUGUGAUACAAGCCCAGGCUGCAUCACCAACAUUUACUAAUGUAUAUGCUGCUCUGGUAGCGGCUGUCAACUCACGGUUCCCAAAUAUUGGAGAGCUGUUACUAAAAAGGUUAGUAAUACAGUUCAAAAGGGGAUUCAAGCGUAAUGAUAAGCCUACAUGUAUCUCUUCAGCAUCAUUCAUAGCUCACCUUGUGAACCAGAGAGUGGCACAUGAGAUCCUGGCAUUGGAGCUAUUAACUUUACUUGUUGAGACACCUACAGAUGACUCUGUUGAAGUGUCCAUUGCAUUCUUGAAGGAAUGUGGUCAGAAGUUAACUGAAGUGUCUUCUAAGGGAGUGAACGCUAUUUUCGAGAUGUUAAGGAAUAUUCUCCAUGAAGGCCAGCUGGAUAAAAGAGUUCAGUAUAUGAUUGAGGUGAUGUUCCAAGUGUGGAAAGAUGGAUUCAAAGACCACCCGGCCUUGAUUGAGGAGUUGGAGCUUGUGCCGGAGGAGGAACAGUUUACCCAUCUCCUGAUGUUAGAUGAUGCAACAGACCCGCAGGAUAUCCUGAAUGUCUUCAAGUUUGAUGAAAAAUAUGAGGAAAAUGAACAGAAAUACAAAACACUCAGCAAAGAGAUCCUAGGAUCUGACGCAGAAUCAGGAGAAGAGGAUGGCUCUUAUGCCAGUGGCAGUGAAGAGUCCGACGAUGAAGAGGCUGAGGGUGAACAAAAACCCGUCACAAUCAUAGACAAUACUGAAACAAACCUUGUUGCUUUGAGACGCACCAUUUAUUUGACCAUAAAUUCCAGUUUAGACUUCGAGGAGUGUGCUCAUAAACUCAUGAAAAUGGAACUAAAACCUGGCCAGGAAGUGGAAUUAUGUCAUAUGUUUUUAGAUUGCUGUGCUGAGCAAAGGACAUAUGAGAAAUUCUAUGGAUUAUUAGCUCAGAGGUUUUGUAACAUCAACAGGAUUUACAUUGGACCUUUUGAGGAAAUCUUUAAAGAUUCAUACUCAACUGCUCACAGAUUAGACACAAAUCGUUUGAGAAAUGUUAGCAAGUUCUUUGCUCAUCUCCUGUUCACUGAUUCCAUUAGCUGGGAGGUCCUGGAUUGUGUCAAGUUGAACGAGGAAGACACAACAAGCUCGAGCCGUAUCUAUAUAAAGAUUUUGUUCCAAGAAUUAGCUGAAUACAUGGGCCUAAAGAAACUGAAUGAUCGUUUGCAGGAUCCGACACUGCAGAGUGCAUUCUCUGGUAUAUUCCCGAGAGACAAUCCAAAGAAUACCAGAUUCUCCAUCAACUUCUUCACAUCAAUUGGUCUUGGAGGUCUCACUGAUGAAUUGAGAGAGCACUUAAAACAAAUGCCGAAGAAUGUGCCGGCUCCCAUCACGGAGAUCACCCUGGGCAGUGACUCCAGUUCAUCAAGCUCCAGCAGCAGUUCCGAUUCCUCUAGCGACUCCAGCUCUAGUGACUCUGAGGAAGACAAAAGUAAAAAGAAAUCCAAAAAGAAGUCAGACAAGAAAAAUAAAAGUGCUUCACCCAAAACACCAGCAGAAGAGGUAGCAAACAAAAAUAACGACAGAUGGGGACACGACGGAUUCUACGACACAUAUGGCAAAGAUGCCAGAAGAACAGAGAACAGACCCGACAGGCGGGAAAGAGACGACGAUAAUUUUGUCAGACCUCGAGAUGUCAGAAAUGACAACAGAGAUAGAUUUAGGGAACGAAACUGUGAUGAAAGCAGGAGAAGGCCUGAUGGUAGAGCUCGCGCCGACGAUUUUUGGGGAAAUGCACGAGAAGAGAGAAAUGACAGACAAAACAGAGAAGGCGGGUCUCGAGAUAGAAGUAGCAACGAGGAAAGAUAUAGAAAUCGCGAAGAUGACAAUUCAAGGUCUAGUCGUAAUAGAGAAGAUAGGAGCAGAAGGGAUGGCGAGGAACCUAGAAGAAGGAAUCGUGACGAAAGCGACACAGGUUAUGGUGAUAGUGAAAGUGAUCGUGGCACAAGACACAGAAAAGGUGACGACAGUGGACGAGAGACUGACGAUCCUAGAAAUAAUCGGGAAUCGAGGGAUCACAGACGUGACAAAGAUAGAAGACAGGAUUCCAGAACAGAAAGAGAUGAUGAAUCAGAUAGGCAUAACCUAACUAGCUCCAAUCGAAAAGACCGUAAUUACGAAAAAGAUAGCAGAAUAGAAGACGAUAGUAGGAGAAAGAAAAGUAAGAAAGAUAAACAGGUUGAUAGUAGUAGUGAUGAAGAGGACAAAAGAGACAGAGGCAGAGAAAAAAGAAGGAAAGAAGAUCGUGACGAUAGCAGAAGAAAACAUAGGGACUCUGUGGAUGAUAGUAGAAAAGGUGACCGUGAGGAUAGACGAAAAGACAAUAAAUCUGAAGAUGUAAGCAGGAAGGAUGACCGUGAGAAUAAGAGAAAAGAUAAGAGUUGUGAUUCUGAUGACGAUUUGAAAAGCAGUCAUAAAGAAAACAGGAAUAAAGAUAGAAAGGAUAAAAAUAAAAAAGACAGUGAAUUUGAUACUAACACUAGAAAAAAGGUAGACAAGGAUACGAGAAAAGAAUCACGUAGCAGACGAGAAAGAGACAGCCAGAGAGAUAGUAGUUCUCAAAGGGAACAAUUAGGUCGUUAUUGGGACAUAGAACCACUAAAAGGGUAGUCCAUUUGAAAGAAAAAAUCACAGUCUCUCUCAUAUUUGCAUGUUCCCAGUUGCGUUCGGGGUUGUGGAGCCGCGAAGCCCAAAGCCGUGAAGAUUCGGCUGUGAUUUUAUAACCGUUCGGCUGCCUGACGUCAACCUUCUCUGGGAAUACUGUUAUUGCCUAAGCUGUGUCCCUUAGUCGCCUCGUACGACUUCAAUGGGAGGAUAUGGAGUGGUCUUAUUCUAGGGCGGAACCACACGCCACAAUAAAUUCACACAGUAGUCUGUAUAUAUAUUUUUUGUGAGUAAUUGUCAUAAACAAUUUUUAAAUAAAUCAAUAAUUGUUCA